GCGACAUAAUGUCCAGCGGCCUGAGCACCUGCGUGGCUGCUAGGGCUCACCGGCUGCUUGUGUGGACUGUGGGCCAGACUGAUCGCUGCUCGUUUCGCGGGCAGGCGUUGUGGCAGCGGCCCUCACAGCGGCUUUUGAAUAGGGGCCUGGCCAGCCGAGGCGUGAGGGGCCCCGAUCGCACGCAGGCCAGGCAGCUGUCGGCCGCAGCCCUGCCCGCAGCAGAAACCAUGGACCCUGCAGUGGAGAAUGUGGUGGAGCGCAUUCACAGCUCCACAGCUCGCAUCGUCCUCUACUUGGGCGGCGGCGCCUCGCAGGCCGUGGGGUGGCUGCUGUCUGUGCCGGGUGCGUCCCGCACGGUACUGGACAUGCGCAUCCCCUACAGCCGCGCCAGCCUGACGGAUGUGCUUGGCGCGCCGCCGCAGGUCUACGCCUGCCCAGAGACGGCACAGGCCAUGGCGCGGGCCGCCUACCGCCAGGCCGCCAAGCUGUCGUCUUUCGGCACCGACAUCGUCGGCGUCGGCUGCACCUGCGCGCUGGCCACAGACCGCGAGAAGCGGGGGGAGCACAAGGCUUACAUCACCACCUACAACGGCAGCCAGGAGCGCAGCUUCUCGCUGCUUCUGGCCAAGAACGCGCGCAGCCGGCUGGGGGAGGACACGCUUGUGAGCAGGCUGCUGGUCAAGGCGGUGGCCGAGUCGAUGGGCCUCAGCGCGCAGGUCGGGCCGGCCGGCAGGGUGGGCGCUGGGCCGCGCAGGGCCUACCAGAACAGCGCCGCCGCGCCGCCAGCCAAGCCACCUGUUGCUUCCUCUCAAACCUGUCGGGAGUUAAGAGGGAGGAAGAGAGGCAUGGAGAGCGACUCCCUCGGGCUGCGCCGCCCCCUGCCGCAGGCUGCCGCCAGGCUGCGCCCCGACAUGGAGCCCUGCUUUGAGCUGUCCAUCGGCAACGCGGACAAGGGCCUGCUGCCGCUGGAGGAGAUCAAGCGCCGCGUCAGCCAGUUCACCUCCUCGGGACUGCCGCUGGUGGCGCCGCUGUUCACCCAGAAGGCCGACCUGUUCCACGACUCUGUGUUUGUGGUGGGGUACGACACCGCGGUACGCCUGGUGAAGCCAGACUACUACGGCUCAGACCAGGCCAUGCUGCUGCAGUUUGCCAAGCUGCGGCACCAGGGGUGCAGCUUCCUGGUGGCGGGGCGGUGCGACGAGGAGGGGCGCUUCCGCACGCUGGCAGACCUGGAGAUGCCAGACAUGCUGCCGCGGGGGGGUCUGUUUGAUGAGAUCCCCGCCGCCGACUUCCGAGCGGAUGUCUCCUCCACCGAGCUGCGCAACCUGGGCUUGUGAUGCGGCAGCAGCCGUCGCCUGCACGGCUUGCUGGCGGCAGGCUGCGGGGCUGGCAGCUGGGCAGAGAGCCGCCGCCUCGGCGUGGAGCCAGCCUUGGUUGAACUGCUGGGGAGACGCAUUGCAGAAGCAAAGUGAACGAAUGAUUUGGUUGAACACAAACAAACGUU